AUGGUGGAGCUGGGAUCGAUGGCCCUGGAGGAGCUCGAAAGGAGCAAUGUGAUAAGCUGGGCGAGAGCUCCACCAAGAACAGCAGCAAGAUCUGGUGGAGCUCUCUUGUGGGGUCGCGAGGAGCUCCAGCGGGCAUUGGAUCGAGUGGAGCAGCUGGGGGGAAUCCACCACAUCUCUCUCUCCGUAUUUGCAGCGCUCCUCCGCCAGUGCGGGAACGUGAGAGCCUUGAAGGAAGGCCGGAGAGUUCACGCUUCACUGGCUAUGGUAGCGGCGGAUUCGAGCUCGACCUUCUGGGCGAAUCUUCUCAUCCAAAUGUAUGGGAAAUGUGGAUCCAGCGAGGAUGCGCGGGAUGUUUUUGACAAGCUAGGCCAUCUUCGCAACUCUUACUCGUGGACCAUUCUUCUCACUGCAUAUACCCAAACCGGGCAUUUAUCAGAGGCGAACUUUGUGUAUGAAAGAAUGCCUUGUUUUAACGUAGUUGCAUGGACGAUUUUAAUCACUGCAAACGCCAAGCACGGUAACGUACUCGACGCAAAGAAAAUCUUCGACGCCAUGCACGAAAGGAAUCUUGUUUCCUGGAACGCAUUGCUAACCGCAUAUGCCCAAAAAGAAUAUCGCAAAGAGGCAGUGAGGAUGUUCUCUAAGCUGGAUCAAGAGGGAGAAAGGCCCAACGAGAUUACUCUCACCAGCGUUCUCGAGGCCUGUUCGGAUCCAAGCUCCAUAUAUCUUGGAAGAACCCUCCAUAGCAUCGUCUCUGGAGACGAGGAGCUUAGCAAGAGCGUGGUGGUGUCCACGGCACUCGUGAACAUGUACGCACAGUGCGGUCGAUCGAUCGAAGCCCGCAGUGUUUUCGACACGAUGGCGACCAGGAACUCCGUCACUUGGACGUCAAUGAUCUCCGCCUAUGCUCGAAACGGUCAGAGCUCGCAAGCACUGCUCAUGCUCGAUCUCAUGGACGUGGAAGGGAUCGAGGCAAGCGACGCUACUUUCGUGUGUGCCAUUCACGCUUGUGCGAACUUACGAGAUCUCUCCAUCGCCCUCGUCGUCCACGACGCGAUGAAAACCUCUGGAAGCUCACACUUGCACGACCUCAAGGUGGAAAAUGCCAUAGUCGACAUGUAUUCGAAGUGCGGCAGCCUCGAUCUCACACAAGAGAUGUUUGAUGCCAUGGGCGACAGAAAUGUGAUCUCCUGGAGUGCUCUCAUCGCUGCCUACGCACAGAGCGAUCGAUCCAUCUACGACGCGCACCACGCAAUCCGGCUCUUCUUGCAAAUGGAUCUUGAAGGGAUGGAUCCCAACGAGGUAACGUCGGUGGCAGCAUUGGAUGCUUGCUCCAAGCUUGCAUCGGUGGAACUCGGGAAGACCAUCCAUGCAAACAUCAUCGUCCAUGAUGUGGUGGUGGCAACUGCGCUCGUCAACAUGUACGCUAAGUGUGGGACUCUCCACGAAGCUUGGAAAGUUUUCUCGUCGUUUCCACAGCAAGAACACGAUACCAUUCUUUGCAAUGCAAUGCUCACGGCCUUUGUCCACAAUGGCUGCGAGAAGCUGGCGAUUGAAACCUUUCGAUCCAAUCUGGAGCUCCAGGGAAUCCGACCCACUUCCGUGACCUUCAUUGCCGUGCUCCUGGCCUGUGCUCGAGCUGGCCUUGUGGGAGAUGGAUGGAGCUACUUUGUUUCGCUAAAAUGUGACUAUGGGAUCACUCCCAGCGUGUUUCAUUACGAGUGCAUGUUGGAUCUGCUGGGACGAGCUGGGCUUGUGUGUGAUGCCGAGGAACUUACGAACAAUAUGCCCAUGGUUCCAGACUCCACAGCAUGGUUGAGUGUUUUAUCGUCAGCUUGUAGGAGUGAUCCAAAUGUUGCAGACAGAGUUUCUCAAAAUGUGGAUCUCGACGAUCCUGUAGCUUAUGUUCUUCUGGCAAACACUUGGAGGAACACCUUAGGAAGCCUUGAGGAUUGA